GCCAACGGGUUUGUCCGAGGUGGGGGUACUCCACGAAGCCGUCUUGGCCCCGCAGUAAAGCCAGCCCCGUGUCGUCCUUAAGAAGCGUCUUUCUGAGGUUCAGCUCACACUGAGAUUGGGGCUGAAGAGUCGGAUUUUGGAGCGGAGCAUUUGGAAAGCGAGCCCCAGUUUGGUCCCCUCAUUGAGCUCGCUGAAGUUGGCUUCCUAGCGGUGUAGGCUGGAAUAGACUCUUGGCAAGCUCCGGGUUGGUAUACUGGGUUAACUUUGGGAAAUGCAAGUGUUUAUCUCCAGGAUCUAGCCACCGGGGUGGUGUAAGCCGCAAAGAAGUUCCACCAGGUGAGAAGAGUGAUGACCAUCCUUUUCCUUACUAUGGUUAUUUCAUACUUCGGUUGCAUGAAGGCUGCCCCCAUGAAAGAAGCAAACGUCCGAGGACAAGGCAGCUUGGCCUACCCAGGUGUUCGGACCCAUGGGACUCUGGAGAGUGUGAAUGGGCCCAAGGCAGGUUCACGAGGCCUGACGUCAUUGGCUGACACUUUUGAACACGUGAUCGAAGAGCUGUUGGAUGAGGACCCGAAAGUACGGCCCCACGAAGAAAACAAUAAGGACGCGGACUUGUACACUUCCAGGGUGAUGCUCAGUAGUCAAGUGCCUUUGGAGCCGCCUCUUCUCUUUCUGCUGGAGGAAUACAAAAAUUACCUGGAUGCUGCAAACAUGUCCAUGCGGGUCCGGCGCCACUCCGACCCGGCCCGCCGCGGGGAGCUGAGCGUGUGCGACAGCAUCAGCGAGUGGGUGACAGCGGCGGAUAAAAAGACUGCAGUGGACAUGUCGGGCGGGACGGUCACGGUCCUUGAAAAGGUCCCUGUAUCAAAAGGCCAACUGAAGCAGUACUUCUACGAGACCAAGUGCAAUCCCAUGGGCUACACAAAGGAGGGCUGCAGGGGCAUAGACAAGAGGCACUGGAACUCCCAGUGCCGAACUACCCAGUCGUACGUGCGGGCCCUCACCAUGGAUAGCAAAAAGCGAAUUGGCUGGCGAUUCAUAAGGAUAGACACUUCCUGUGUAUGUACAUUGACCAUUAAAAGGGGAAGAUAGUGGAUUUAUGUUGUAUAGAUUAUAUUGAGACAAAAAUUAUCUAUUUGUAUAUAUACAUAACAGGGUAAAUUAUUCAGUUAAGAAAAAAAAAUAAUUUUAUGAACUGCAUGUAUAAAUGAAGUUUAUACAGUACAGUGGUUCUACAAUCUAUUUAUUGGACAUAUCCAUGACCAGAAGGGAAACAGUCAUUUUGCGCACAACUUUUAAAAGUCUGCAUUACAUUCCUCGAUAAUGUUGUGGUUUGUUGCCGUUGCCAAGAAUUGAAAACGUAAAAAGUUUAAAAAAAAAAUAAUAAUAAAUUGCAUGCUGCUUUAAUUGUGAAUUGAUAAUAAACUGUCCUCUUUCAGAAAACAGACAAAAACAAAAAAACAACACAAAAAAAAAACCAACAACAAAAAUUUGAACCAAAACAUUCCGUUUACAUUUUAGACAGUAAGUAUCUUCGUUCUUGUUAGUACUAUCUCUGUUUUACUGCUUUUAAACUUCUGAUAGCAUUGGAAUUAAAACAAUGUCAAGGUGCUGUUGUCAUCGCUUUACUGGCUUAGGGGAUGGGGGAUGGGAGGGUAUACUUUUGUUUGUUUUGUGUUUCUUUUUUGUUUGUUUGUUUUUGUUUUUGUUUUUUUUAGUUCCCACAGGGAGUAGGGAUGGGGAAAGAAUCCCUUCAAUCUAUAUUCUGGUUGAUAAAAGAUUCAUUUGUAUGUUGUAAAGAUGUUUGCAGUAUCAAUCAGACAACUAGGAAAAUGAAUAAAAAUUAAGGCAACUGAACGUGCUCCCUCCAGUUCCCAUGAUGCACCUCCUAGGCUCUCACUCACCAUUUGGGCCUUGGCCAGAGAAAGCGUCUUUUGUUGCAAAGACCUACAUUUACUUAGAGCACCUUCUUUCCCCCCCUCCCCCUUUGGUCCCCUCUUUGUUUUGUUUUCUCUUAAGGAAGAAAAGUCCAUUCCAUGCUCUGAAAUGUUUUACCACUGCGGUGAAUGAGUGAACACAUUUUGUCACAUCGUGACACUCAUAAGCAUGGAGGACAGUGAUUUCUUCUUUUUUUUUUUAGAUGAGAAAAAGAACAACCAAAAAUUAAAAAUAAAGAUUUAAAAAAAAAUAAUAAUAAGAGGUAAACAGUUUGGGUAACUUAUUGUAAGGCUUGAAAGAAAAAUCAUGGUAAGGCUUAAAAAUGUCUUGCAACCAAAAGGUGGAGUUCUCUAUGGACCCAGAAACGCCUAGAUCAGAUCAGGAGCCCACACUGCCAGUGAAAUGAGACUGAACAGCCAUGUGGAGGCUGUGUGGAGCUGAUCUAUCAUUUUUGGGAGGUGCAGGAAGAAUUCUGAGUGGCCAUCCUGAGGUCUAGGUGGGGGUGGGGAAUGGUACUUGAGACAUUCCAAAAGGGAGGCCUCAGAAGGACCCUUCAGAGGUGGCUGUGGAAUGACAUGUGUCAAGUUGCUUUGGACCUCACGCUUUAAGUGCCUACAUUAUCUAACUGUGCUAAGAGGUUCUCGCUGGAGGACCAUGCUCAAGCCGACUUAACGCCCUCUACCCCUGGAUAAUUGCAUAAAGCUGGAUUAGCCUGGAGCAGGUUCAGAAUGAAAGGUGGCAUUGUGAUGAUGAGACUGUACAGAGAUACGAGAUGUUUGCUACCUGAACACUUACUGCUUUGAAAUUAGACUUGAGGAAACCAGGGUUUUGUCUUUUGAGAACUUUUGGUAAGGGGGAAGGGAACAGGAAAAGACCCCAAAACUCAGGUUGAAUGAUCAAGGCUACCAAUAGAAAAUCUUGUCCGGAGACAAGACUUUGGGAAGGUGUCUGCACACUAGGACACCAAAGACUGGAAGGUGCCUUGCUCUAUGGAAGAGGCCAGGACAGAGCUGGCAAAGUUUUGCUCCCCAGUGAAGGCCACAGCAACUUCCUGCCCAUCCUGUCUGUUCAUGGAGAGAGUCCCGCCUCACCUCUGCCAUCUUGGGUUAGGAGAAGUCAAGUUGGGAGCCUGAAAUAUAGUGGUCCUGGGAAAAAAUGGACCCCCGUGAAAGUUAGAGCUAAGCCUAUUCACCCAUUCAUCCUACUGUCCAAAUCUGAAAGUGUCCUGGAGCAGUGUCCUUGAGUAUCGGGAAGCCUCAAGAAAUUGCUGUAUCUUGGUAGGGCGAGGGAUAAGCAAAAGAGGACGUCCACCACCACCCAGGGAAUGAAGAUAUCAUCGGCAAAUGAUUUCUCUUUAUUCAGUCUUUCAUUUAGAAUGAGCCCAUCUUUUACAGUAUCAUCUGAAUACCUGUCAUUAAAAGAAGGAAGAAUUUGUGUAGCAUAGGUUUGUUUUGUACUGUUUGAAAAUAUUGUCCUUGUAAUUAUUUUGAACAUGUAAUUGAACACUUGGAAUAUCCGCUGUAUGAUAACUUUUUGCAGCUCUGUUUUGAGGGACAAAAAUUACUUUAAAAAAAAGAAGAAGAAGAAGAGUCCCCACUGCAGUGUUCAGAGCUGCAGAGGACAGGUCUGCUAAGUGACAUUUCGGCAAUCGUGUGGUCAGUGGCUCUCUCUUACCCAAUAGGAUACAUCAAAGUCACACUCUUGGUGGUUUACGUUGACCUAAGUUUUAUUUUGAGAUCUUUCUCUGUUGCUGUUCAUUUUUGUUCUGUUCCGUUUUGUUUUGUUUUAAAGUCUUGCUGUGGUCUCUUUGUGACAGAAGUGUUUCAUGCAUGGCAGCGGGCCUGUUGCUUUUUUACGGUGAUUCCCAUUGAAAAUGUAAGUAAAUGUCUGUGGCCUUGUUCUCUCUAUGGUAAAGAUAUUAUUCACCAUGUAAAACAAAACAAAAAAUAUUUAUUGUAUUUUAGUAUAUUUAUAUAAUUAUGUUAUUGAAAAAAAAUUGGCAUUAAAACUUAACUGCAUCAGAAGCCUAUUGUAAAUACAAGUUCUAUUUAAGUGUACUAAUUAACAUAUAAUAUAUGUUUUAAAUAUAGAAUUUUUAAUGUUUUUAAAUAUAUUUUCAAAGUACAUAAAA